CAACACCUCAGAGAGAGGAACUCACCACACAAGUAACAUCAGUCCCAAACUCAGAGUUCACACUGAGCCGGGCCACCUCGCGCUGACACUGGCAGUGAACCGGAGAGCUUUUUCCUGCAGGCCGAACACUGGAACAGGAACCUUGACAUUAGGAUGGAAGCUGCUCAGGAACGCAAGCCCAAGAGGCCCCACUACAUCCCCCGGCCGCCGGGCAAACCCUUCAAGUAUCAGUGUUUCCAGUGUCCGUUCACCUGCAAUGAGAAGUCCCACCUCUUCAACCACAUGAAGUACAACCUGUGCGAAAACUCCAUCUCUCUAAUGUCGCAGAAGAACGGACAAACGGCUCGACAGGUCAAAGCUGUAGCUAAGGCGGCCUUGGUCAAGCCGAAGGACUGCGCAGACGCUUCCCCGGCAGCUCAGAACAACAGUCCAGAGAAACAAGAAGCAGCAGAGAACAAAGAGGACAGCCCAGAUGACACAGAAGAGGUGGAUGUCGGGCGUGACAGUCCGGCGAAUAAGGACAAUGAGAGUGUGGCAAAAUCAAAUACAGCGAAGGAGGGCGAGAACAGGGAGUGUGACGCCGACAAGGAUCUGCCGCGCCCGUCUGCCUUCUCCCCUGUCACACCCAACCGUGACGGAGCAGACGCCUUCAAGCCGCCGGUGCCGCACACAGAGGACUCGCAGAACCCCGGCCCCGCUUUCAACCAUCCGGGCUUCCCCUGGGGCCCCAUUCCACCACCCGUUCCCUUGAAGCCCCUCCGCUCUCUCAUGGUGUCCGAGUACCCUCCGUAUCUCCUGCCUGACCGACCGCUGUAUCCGCCGUACUACCUCCCAGGAAACCCCUCCAUGAACGAGCCGAACUCCUCUUCUUACUCCCCCGAGUUUCUGAAGCAUCAGAGGGCAGUGAUCACGCCGUCUCACACCGCCCCGUUUCCCCCGUACCCAUACAGGUACUACCAUCCUCUUCACCCAGGAGCCCCUCUGCAUUACACGCUAUACAGACCCCACGAGCUUCCCCUGCCAAUUGCAGAACCUAGAUAUCUUCCUGUGGAUUUGUACGGCCCAACCCACAGCGCUAAGGACUACGAGCUGUACGUGCAUUCACGUCCCGCUGAGCACCACCCACAGACUUCUCCACAGCAAGACAGCCACCAUGGGCAGAGUGGGGACAAAGCCACCAGGCUGAGCCCUAAAGAGGGCUGCUCCGCUCUGGGGUCUCCCGACAGACCCAGUCAAGCACACGUCAUCCAGAGAGACGCAGAAGCCCCCCAGUACACCCAGCUGGGUGAGACACACACCCCUCCUCAACAAGGACACACAGCGGUGCCAGCGGUCAGAAGUGACCCGAGAGAGGAGGCCUCUGUGGAAACCUCGCUGCAGGUGGAUGGAGGGUCAAAUGAGAACAGACAAUACUCCUCGUCGGUUUCUGAAUCAGGUGCUCAUGCUCGAUCACAACAAGACGACGUGGACAGCACAGACGACCCGGCCCCCCUCAACCUCUCAACAAGAAACCACGACCAUACAAAACAAGCAGACCAGGCACUGAGGGGCUCUGACCCGGAGAGGCUGGAGGAGGACGAGGCGCCGCUGAACCUGAGCCUUCGAGCUUCUCACAGCAGCCCCGUGCGCAGCCCCGCCCGGAGCGAGGCAGGCAACGAGCUGGAGGAGGAACUGUGUGACCAGAGGCAAACCGCGGCUCUGGCACUCUGUCAGCUCGCCAUCGCGAGCUCUGCGGCCGCUUCACUGCGGCCCCCGAGCGACGCUGCAAACACUGCCUCAGCGCCAGCCGCCAAGCAGAGCAGCAGGGUCAGGGGAGCGUGCGUGAAAAGAGCACGUAGUGGUCACGCUGACAGUAAGUACCACAAACCGAACAAGAGGGUGAAAGCACACGGGAGGGCUCUGCGGAAGAGGCCUCGCUGCUGCUAGCAGCUGCACUCUGACUGCUGUUUAGGACUGAAUAUCUGUUAUCUUUACUGCUGCAAGCCUCAACAUCAAAAGACUCCUGGCUGCCUUUUCUGAAGCACUGAAAGUCUCUGUUUUUCUAUUAGAAGCUGAUGUGACAUGCCAACAGCACUGCCACAAGGAUAUAUAGCAAAUAAAAUGUUUGUCAUAGACCUGCUGCGACAAGUAAGUGCAGAUAGCAGUGGAAACCAGAUUUCCAACAAGUGUAAAAAUGCUACUGUGGUGUAGAAAAGUUGUAGUGAUUUAUUGUAGAUAUGUAUGUUGAAUAAAAAAAUUUA